AUGUCACAUUCCAAAGACCAGGAACAGAUCGUUCUCAGGGUCUUAUCUCAUAAACCCCACCAGUUCUACGAGAUUCUCUCGGUCACCAAAACCUCUUCCGAUGGAGAAAUCAAAAAGUCAUACAGAAAGCUAGCCAUCAAGCUUCAUCCAGAUAAAAACCCACAUCCAAGAGCUGCUGAAGCUUUCAAGCAUGUCAACAAAGCAUGGGAAGUGCUUAGUGACCCUGGCAAGCGUAAGAUGUUUGACCAGACGGGCGCUGACCCAGACCUGAGAGGAGCACCAUCAGGAUUCUCUUCAGCUUCGGCAUACGGCGGUUCGCCAUUUGGCGGUGCAUCGAGCUUUUCUGGGUUCCAGCAGCAAGGGUUCAAUACGGAUUUCCAGGAUGAUAUUUUCAACAUGUUCUUUGGUGGAGGUAUGCCUCAAGGUGGCGCUCAGACGUUUACAUUUGGUAACAACGGCUUUUCAUUUAACACGUUUGGUGGCGGACAAGAUUUCUUCAGCAACACGCGUGCACAGCAAAGAAGACAACAAAGAAGAAGACACGAGGAGCAGCAAAGGAAGCAGGCCACCGGUUGGGAUACCAUUGUACAGAUACUUCCCUUGGUGGUGAUUCUUCUUGGAAUGCUCUUAUCUACGCUUUUUGCAGACGAUGCGCCGGAUUAUUCAUUUACAAAAACGGCUAAAUUCAAUGUCAAGAGAACCACACCGGCCCACAAAAUUCCGUUCUUCGUGAAGCCAGGUUUCACCAAAGAUAUCAACGAUAGACAGCUCAGAAACUUUGAUAAGAAGGUGGAGGCGCUGUACGUGAGAGACACACAGAACAACUGUGCUAGGGAACAGAUUAAGAGGAACGAUCUCAUGGAGGAUGCCCAGGGCUGGUUUUUCACCGAUCAGCGGAAGCUCGAUCAGGCGCUGAAGAUGCCUAUGCCCAACUGUAAGCGGUUGAGAGAUCUUGGGAUUUUAUAA